CCGUUUUAGCAAUUGUUCAACCCCCGUCAGUGGUUGGACGAAGGUGUUCGAUUCCUUCUUGUCAUUGGCCGAAAAACAGGGAGGUCCGUUUGUGAGGUCUGCAUUCUUCCGGCUUAGCUGUGUGUUGUUGAAAAGAAAAGACGAAUGGAAAAAUUGUAACUCUGCAAAUACGGUUGUGGAAUAACGGAAGAUGAGUUCUCAGCAGUUCCCGAGACACGGAAUGCCCGCUUCUGGAGGAGGGCCUCCCCAGAUCCCGGGCGGAAACUUGGUGCCUUUAAACCCGUCACCAAACCAGCCAGGAGGAGAUGCGGAGGGCAGCCGUGAUGCUGAUCAUGGGCCGCAAGAUCGGCCGCCCAGCGGCGGCGGCGGAGGAGCAGCGCUCUCGUUCAGGGAGGACAAGCAGGAGACGGUGAUGGUGCGGCCCUACCCGCAGGUCCAAGCCCACGGCCCCCCCCAAGGUCUUCCCCAGCAGCUCCCCAUUCAGCCCGGCCCUCCAGUCACAGUGUCAGCAGGUCCCAUCCACCUGCCCCAGGUGACAGGUCAGCCCACUGCCCUCACAGAGGGCCAGAUGAAGGCUGUCCUGAAGUCACCGAUCCCCAGUCGUCUCAUUGCCCCGGCGCCGGCUUUGAACCAGGGCCACCUCCCCGUCCCCUCCAAGGUGCCCGGACACAUCACGGUCACUCUGGAGAGCAGCAUCGCUCCGACUCCUUCCAUCCCCGUGGCAACCAUCAGUAGCCAGCAGGGUCACUCCAGUAACCUGCACCAUCUGAUGCCUGCUAACAUCCAGAUUAUCAGGAGUAGCGCCCCGGCCCUGCAGAUUGGGGCCACCGCCGGCCCUUCACAGACAUUCACCUCCCAUCUACCCAGAGGGGCGGCUGCUGCAGCCGUCAUGUCCAGCUCUAAAGGUGCCACGGUUCUGCGUCCAGCAUCUGGAGCCGGGGCGGGGCCGGGCCAGCCCACCGUUCAGCACAUCCUCCACCAGCCCACCCAGACCCGUCCCCCUGUCACCACCUCCUCAGCGGUGCUGCCCACCGUGGUGACCCCCAUCUCUGUCAGCAGGACACAGGGCCCCAUCAGCAGUCCUGCCGUCACACACUCCACUGAGAUGGUGCACGCCCGUCCAGGGCUGACCAUCCACCCUCCCCCGGCCACCAUCAGCAUCCAGCGGCCCCAGGCCAGCAGGGACACGGCCACACGCAUCACCCUGCCCUCCCACCCCCCCAUCGUGGCCCAAAAGCCCCAACCACCCCACGCCAUGACCCAGAAGUCCAUCUUCAGUUCUGUGACGCCCGUCGCUGCAGCCACUGUGGCUCCCAUCGUCGCCACAAACACCGUCCCCGCCACAACCACCACAGGAUCUGUGCCACACACCCAAAUGAACAGUAGCACCAUCGUCACCAUGACGAUGCCCUCUCACUCCUCCCACGCCACCGCAGUGACCACGUCUGCCAUCCCCGUUGCCAAGGUGGUGCCCCAGCCCAUAGCCCACACCUCCCCUCGCAUCCAGCCGGACUACCCUGGGGAGCGAACCAACCUCAUCUCUAUCUCUGGACAUCACUCCUCCCCCAACCCCGUUACCAUGGAGGCCAGGAGCGACAACAGGCCGUCGGUUCCAGUCCAGUUCCAGUACUUCCUGCCAACCUACUCCCCGUCCCCGUACCCUCUGACCCACACCUACACCCCCAUCACCAGCUCUGUGUCCACCAUCCGCCAAUACCCAGUGACCCCCCAGGCUCCCAGCUCUGCCCUCCCCACCCCCGGGGGUGUUGGCAUGGCGACCACAGUCCACCUCAACCCCAUGCAGCUGAUGGGUCUGCAGUCUGCCCAGAUCAGCACCCAGGGAAUCCAGCCUGCACCAAUGGCAGCGCAGGGAAUCCAGCCUGCACCAAUGGCAGCCCAGGGCAUUCAGCCUGCAUCAAUCGGAGUGCAGGGCCUGCACACCUCUGCACCUAUCAGCACGCAGGGGAUUCAGCAGGCACCAAUCACAGCACAGCAGCAGCAGCCUCAGUCUGAUGCCAAACCUCCAGGCGUGGUGCUGGCAGACGGCUCCACCUUCGUGGCGGGCACCAUCGGCAACGCGUUCAGCGGCUCGCAGGCCGUGGCAACCAUGGUGCAGACACACCCCCAGGCCGGGGUGGGUGGGGCCCCCACACUAGUCUCCUCCCCUCGGCCUAGCAUCCUCCGCAAGAAACCAGCCAAUGAGAGCUGUGUGCGUAAGAGCCUGAUAGCAGUGCAGCCGGGCGAGGUCGGCGGGGGCAGGGUGGAGGCUGGCCUCAGAGGGGCCGGGUCCCCUCGGCCUUCAGGCGUCAAACCCAAAGCGGAGGUCCACAUGACCAUGGCCCCUCCCAUCAUGGCGACGGUGGAGGCCCUGCCCUCCCAGGGGGUGGAGCAGCAAGUUGCCUCCUCCCCCGCCCAGCACCUGUCCCAGGCCAUCCCCACUCUGCUGGCCCCCCAGGGCCCCGCUCCGCCCUCCCAGCCCAGCUCCGUGCUCUCUGCCCUGCCCGCCUCCCUGGCCGUCACCCCCCCCGCCCCCGCCUCCAUGGCCAACACGGUGGCCUCCCCCACCCAGCCCGCGGCCAGCAGCACGGCCGCCUGCGCCUCCAGCGCCGUCCUGGCGGACAUCAAGAUCAAGCAGGAGAUGGAGCCCAUGGACACGGCUCAACCAGUGUCCAGCGGGUCCUUGUUGUCGCCCCCCGGCCUGGGCGGCCCGCCCUCCUCCCUGGGCGGCCCUCUCUCGGGGGAGCCGGUCCCCGGGGCGUCGCCCAGGAAGAAGCCCCGCAAGCAGCAGCACGUUAUCUCCACGGAGGAGACGGAGAUGGUGGAGGCCACCAGCACGGACGAGGACCGCGCCUCGGGGAGAGUGCUGGGCCGGCCGGACCGCAGGGAGUCUCCCCCCAGGGAGUAUGUGGAUGAGGAGGGGGUGCGUUACGUGCCGGUACGCCCGCGCCCCCCCAUCACCCUGCUCCGCCACUACCGCAAUCCCUGGAAGGCAGCCUAUCACCACUUCCAGAGAUACAGCGACAUCCGGGUCAAAGAGGAGAAGAAGGGCUCCCUGCAGGACAUGGCUAACCAGAGGGGUGUGGUGUGUCGGGCGCAGGGCUGGAAGAUCCACCUGUGUGCCGCUCAGCUCAGACAGCUGUCCAGUCUGGAGCAUGACGUGUACACCAGACUGACCACCCUGCAGGAGGGCCUCAUCCCAAAGAAGAGGGCCGGGGCGGACGACGACCUGCACCGCAUCAAUGAGCUCAUACAGGGUAACAUGCAGCGCUGCAAGCUGGUGAUGGAUCAGGUGACGGAGGCCAGAGACACCAUGAUGAAGGUGCUAGACCACAAGGAGAAGGUUCUGAAGCUGCUGAAUAAGACAACGGCCGUCAAGAAGUCCUCCAAGCUGAAGCGCAAGGAGCGGGCAUAGACAAGGAUGUCUGCGAGGCCCUCCUCACCCCCCCCCCCCCCCACCCCACCUUGGGAGGAAGGAGAGAGCUGCUCUGAACUUGGUGCUAAGAUUUGCUGCGCACAAUCGCCUUCUGCAUGUCCCUGGCUGAGGCUGGGAGGAGGGGAGGCAGGGGCUCGCUGGCCGGCGUCUCCCCAGGAAGGGAGGGCCUCGCUGGGGAUACGGCGAUCAGCAGAGAGCCUCCGCUGAGUCCAGACUGGCUGAUUGGCUGAUGAACCCCGACAGUUUUGUUUAUUUUGUAGUUUUUUGGGGGGUGGGGUAUGUUCCAUAAAGACACUUGUUUUGUAGUUUUGAAAAUAAGUUUGUUAAUGUUGCCUUUUUUUUCUUUCUUUCUGUGGAGGGAUGGGGGAUGGGGAGGGGUGGGUUAGUGGCAGUGGGCUGUGUGUCUC